AUGGCGACGAGGACAUACACGCAGGAAGAGCUCGUAGCUCUCGGAGUUCCUUCAUCCCUUCUGACCGAGCACAUGAAGACCCAUCCCCCGCCACCCCCGUUCGAGGUUGUCAGUGAUAUGAAUGGCAUGCGCAAGGCUCGCAUCGUCCAUCUAGAGACGCGGAGGCCCGAUUUCCCGAUCCCGGGGGCAAUUCCAGAUCUCGUCGAGGAGAACGAUGUCUACGUCGACUAUCCUCCACAGAACUGCAAGAUCCAAGUCCGGGUCUAUGCGCCUGUUGACCUCGGCGAAGCAGCAAGAUCGUCUGGACUGCCAAUGAUAGUGCUCAUGCACGAGGGCGGAUUCAUGCUAGGCGAUAUCUCUGACGAAGAGCAUAAUGCCCGUCUCUUCGCUUCGUCCUUCGACUGCAUAGUCCUGAACGUCGAGUAUCUCCUGGCGCCGGAACAUCCAUUUCCCAUAGGCGUCAAGUCAUGCUAUCACGUCCUUGAAGCACUAGCUUCGUCCCCAAAGACCUUUCACAGUCUAGCCAACCCUUCGCAAGGUCUCAUUCUGGGCGGCUCAAGUGCAGGCGGCAACCUGUCAGCAGUGCUUGCGCAUCAUGCACGUCAGCAGAAGCUCUCGAUCCCUGUAACUGGCCAGUGGCUGGGAGUGCCAUUCAUUGCAACUGCCGAAUUGAUCCCGGAGAAAUUCAAGCAGAUGUUCCAAAGCCAAAGCCUUCGAGUCGAUCCAGUUCUCGAUCCGGGUGAGGACGAGGCGACAAACCAUAAACUCUUUGAGGUCUGCCAGGUUAAAGACCCCAGUGAUCCUCUUAUCACCCCCUUCUCGCCUGCACUCUACCCGCCAAACAGCGCGAACAACGAUCCAUCCCUGCCGAAACUCGCCAAAGCCUUUAUACAAGCUGGCGGACUGGACCCGCUGAGAGAUCAUGCCAUCGUGUACGCUAGGGCUUUGGAGGAGGACUGGAAUACCGAUGUCCGGCUUCUGGUAUAUGGAGGCUACGGCCAUAUGUUCUGGACCAAUUGGCCUUUGCUGGAAGAAAGUAAGAGGUUCUGGAAGGACACUGUCAAGGGGUUCGAAUGGUUGCUGGGACAGCAGGCUAAGAGGGAGUGGUAG